GGCCCUCGUGGUUACAAGGGCAUCAACGGACCAGUUGGCCAACCUGGACCCCCAGGUGAGGAGGGACCUCAGGGACCACCUGGAGAGGCUGGGGAGAAAGGAGACUUAGGUGGUCGAGGUAUCAAGGGCCCACAAGGAGCUGUUGGCAAGAAGGGAGAGAAUGGUCUGCCUGGUAUCGACGGAAAGGAUGGCACUCCUGGCAUCCCUGGAAUCAAGGGUGCCCCAGGGCACGCUGGGAAGCCUGGUGGUCCUGGUCACCAGGGAACAGCAGGUUUGCCUGGCAGCCCCGGAACCAAGGGUGGACCUGGAGGCAAGGGAGAGCCUGGUCCCAGAGGUCAUGUUGGAAUGUCUGGUGCCCCAGGACCUCAGGGUGAGCCUGGUCUUCCUGGUGAAGCUGGUAUGGAGGGCGUUCCUGGACCUAAGGGUGACAGAGGCCAGAGGGGAGCUGUAGGGCCACAGGGUAUUGUCGGCAAGGCUGGCAACAAGGGUAUGAGAGGGCCUAUGGGCGUCCCAGGGGCUCAAGGCAUCUCAGGAACCAAGGGAGACAAGGGAUUCCAAGGAAAAGUUGGGGCGAAGGGAGACUUUGGUGAUCCUGGUGUAGAAGGCUUGGCUGGGGAGAAAGGAGAGAAGGGUUUGGGUGGUGAGCCUGGACCCAAAGGACAGCAAGGAGUGAGGGGAGAGACAGGGUUCAAUGGCCCCACAGGAGACUCAGGCAAACCAGGAGACCAGGGACCAGGAGGACUGCCUGGGCCUCGCGGCCUCAAUGGGGAGAGAGGAGUACCAGGCAUGCCAGGCAUUGUGGGGGCAGCAGGUCGAGAUGCAUCAGACCAGCACAUCAUUGAGGUGGUUCUGAAGAUGCUGCAAGAGCGUCUGGCGGCUGUAGCGGUGAGCGCUAAGCGUGUCGUACUGGGUGGAGCCGGUGUCAUGGGUCCACCUGGUCCUCCUGGACCCCCAGGAGCUCCCGGUGCUCAGGGCCCACACGGCCUCACCGGCGCCCGCGGCAUCCCUGGCAUGUUUGGAGCCUCUGGACAGAUCGGCAACACCGGACUGAAAGGAAAGAGAGGAGCGAAGGGAGACAGAGGAUAUCCUGGUAAACCACAUGCUGGCCAGCCAGGACCCCCGGGGAUACCAGGUCCCCCUGGUAUUGACGGAGUAGCUCGAAAUGGUAAGCCUGGUGGGCGAGGCCCCCAGGGCUCGGCAGGAGAGGCUGGUCGUCCUGGUAAGGCGGGCCCCACUGGUCUUCCAGGGUUCUGUGAGGCUGCAGCCUGCCUAGCUGCCUCGGCCUACACCUCCCCCAGACUACAGGACUCCGCCAGGGUCAAGGGCCCAGGAGUCUAACCUGAGACCUCUCCAUCAAGAGCCCCACAACACCAGGGAGAAAGAGAGAGACAGAAGAGAGAGAAGGGAUAGAGGAGAGAGAGAACUCUUCUUUAUUGGAUACCAACGAGAGCGAGGAGUGGGGUCAAUACAAUCAUGACUGACAUUGCCCCUCUGACCUCUAAACUGACGACUUUCAGUUUAACUGUUUGGAGACUGUUUGCAACAUACACCAUGCCCAUCUACUUUAAAUCACCCUGAGGACAGCCACUCACAGCCAAUAACACCCCUCUGAAUUUACAGUCUCUGGUUCGGGAUUGGCUGAUGUCAAUGUCAGUCACGUCCAACUGCCUCACCCCUAACCACAGAGGGAAAGAGAAUGAUGCCGCGUUCAAAACAACUGGGUGCUCAGAACUCUGAAAUCUCUGACUUCCGACUUCAGUGCGUUCAAGACAUCUGGGAACUCAGAACUCUGAAAUCUCUGACUUCCGACUUCAGUGCGUUCAAGACAUCUGGGAACUCAGAACUCUGAAAUCUCUGACUUCCGACUUCAGUGCGUUCAAGACAUCUGGGAACUCAGAAAAAAAAACGAGCUCCGACUGGAAUUUUUUUGUUUUGAACGGUCAUCCAACUCGGAAUUCCAACUCGGAAUUCUCAGGCCUCUUUCUAGAGCUUCAACUUUCCAACCUGAAGAUCACUGACGUCAGGAUUUUUUUCGGGUUCCCAGUUGUCUUGAACGCAUCAUGGGAGAAACGUAGUGACAUCAGAAUCAUAUCCAGUGACGUCAUUGAUAAUGUCAUCGGUAGUAGCCGUAGCCCCUGGACUGGGAGGACUAGAGAUAGACUUUGUGUCUAAUGAUUGGUGCUUUUUUAUUUUAUAUACCGUGGUCACUUUAAAUGCUAUUGUUUAAUACCUGGAAUUAGAAUUUUUAAAUAUGUUUUGAAGCAGAAAAGGCAAGCAUAUGACCCACUCCACCCGCCACCAAACAACAAGUGGCUUACAAGUGUACACAAAAGUACCAAUAAAAGAUUAGGAUCAAAAUCCACACUCCAUACGGUAAGAUGUAUUGCUAAACUCCUCGCCUGUAUGCUUGAGUGAAAUAAUGAAACCCCUUUUUUAUCUCACAUGUACAUUGCCGCACCUUUCUACCUUUGCCUCAUUUUAGAAAACAUUUUUUCUUUAGCCUUGAUCUCUUCCUCUAGUUGACUGGCAACAGCACAUCCUGAUGGGCACUCCCAUCUAUUUCCCAUAAUUCAGUGCUGUACAGCCUUGUAAAUGUUUGUUGAUUUUACGUAGAGAAAAAAGAGGAUGGGUUAGAAUAUGAUCCAACCAAAACAACCCCUGUAUUAAUGAACCUAAUCAGCAAUAAAGUUCAAAAGUUGAAAUGACUGCUUUUCCAAACAGAUCAGAUACAGUAAUCAAUCUUUCUAUGUCACUGUCAACUACAGGGUCAAUCAAUGUCAACAUUCUAACAACUAGGACAUAUUAUUUUCAUUAAUACAAAUUAUCUAUUUAUUGUUCUUUAUAUGAUUCAUCUGUAAAGACAUUUAAUUUCUUUUUCCCCUGGUUGUUCUGGUCAACCAAUUCCAAAACAAUAAAAAAUAAAGUUUUGUAAAACCUGAA